CCGCAUAUUCAAAUUAACUUUUAAAUGUUUAUGCACGAAAACGAAACCUAAGCUACUGAACAUCCCUUCAGCAUAGACUGUGUGACAUCUGCGCUCUGUAUUGCUCCAAAUUAUCCAGAGACAUGAGCAGAAGGAGAGUACACUUCGCAAAUGAUUUCCACAGAGGAAGAGGAAGAAGACAACGAGAUUUUCAAAAGGAUAGGUUCAUGCCGCUUCCGUAUAAACGUAUAUACGGGACAAAAUGGUCACAUGGUAAGCCUAAUUUACAAGCUCAACAGAACCAUAAUCAGCAAGAAUUACCAACAAACAGAGGUUAUGGCUCAAAUGACAAAGUUUUGAAUAUAAUUAUAAAGGAUCUGCAGCCCUUAAGUUCCGUGACAAGACAUUAUCUCACAAGGACUCUACAAUCCUCCUUAGAUGUUCAGUUAAGUGCCUCAUGCAUCCGAAAUGAACUUCAGAACCUUUACAGGCACAAGAGGGUGGAAGUACAGAACGCACUCAAUAACGCAAGUAACCUCGCUCUCUCAGCUGAGUUGUGGAGCUCCAGUGAGAAGGUGUUUUACCUGACAGUGUCCUGUCACUUCAUCACCGAAAACUGGAAGCUGACAUCGUAUGUGCUAGAUACAGCCCAUUUACUCACCAAGCAUACAGCAGAGAACGCAGCAGAGCACCUUUUGAGAAUUUCAAACGAGUGGAACAUCACAGAAAAAACUCAGAGUGUGGUCACAAAUAUUGACGGCAUAAAGAAGGCCCAUAUCAAUGGAUGCAGAUGGACCUAUAUACCUUGUUUUGCUCAUACUUUGGAUAAAGUUUUCAGGGAAACCAUGCAGAGAACCGACUGCGAAUCUCUACUGAGGAAAUGUCAGCAAAUAGUUGCGUUUUUCCACCAAAGUGACAAAGCCUCACACAAUCUCCAGCAGUACAGUGCUUCUCUCAGUCUCAGGCAAAGUCAACUGACUCAGUCCAGUGGUCUAAAUUGGCGAACUACCCUCCACAUGCUGAAGAACAUCUUAGAGCAGUGGCCAGCCAUCUUUAACGUUUUUGUCGACAGACGAGAGGAUGAUCUUUGUCUGAGUGAGAAUGAAAGAAAAAUAAUGGAAAACAUUGUGGCAGUGCUGAAUAUUCUAAAGGAGGUCACAGAGGAAAUAGGAAGUCAAGGGUUCAGCCCAAUCUCAAAAAUCAUACCGCUUGUGCAAAACCUGCAGGAAAGGUUGAGAAAACACUGGAUGGGGGGGAAUGGAAUAGCGAAGAAACUGUCAGAAAUAUGUGACUAUCACAUUGGAAACAGUAAGAAAAUCCUUCGAUUUAGAGUGAGCACAGCACUGGACCCGCAAAACAAAACCAGCGUGCUGCAGGAGUCUGACAUUGAAGAUAUCACAGAAGAAAUCAGGAAACAGAUCAGAGGAUCUGCAGACCACUGCAGCCGUGACACUGAAAGUCAAGAGUCAGUCUUUCAAAGGUACUGGAAAACAACAAACAUUUCAGUGAACGCUCUUGAAUUCUGGAAGAGCAAUAAAGAGUUUAAAAAACUGGCAACAGUGGCCCGCAAGUACCUCACAAUGGUCUCCACUGCAAUUCCAGUGGAACGUGUGCACCAACUGCAAGAAUCACAGCUCGCCAACAGGAGAAACUUUCUGGAGCCAGAAAAUGUCAACAUGAUCCUGUUUCUGAACAGCAACAAAUGAACAAAACACAUUAUGUACUAUACAUAUACUUUAUGGAAAUGAUGCUCAGCACUGUGCAUUUUUCAAAUACGGUCACAAUUUAAAUGUAAAUAUCUGUGACACGGAUGCCUCCACAUCCACACCUGUAAGAGUCUGUAAAA